AUGGGUGUCGCUCGCUGUGCCUGUGGACGUUAGACAGUUCAGGUUAGGCGUUUUUUCCCCCGUCGUGAACGACUUCAGCGCUGCCUCAUGACAGACCGAGAGAGAUUAAAAAGAAAAGAAAAAAAGGAUGAAAUCAGCGUUUCAGCGGGUGGUCGUUGUUUAAGCAUAGCAUAGCAUAGCAGGAGAACACCAUUACCUGGCUGAUACUGUCAAUUUCCACCUGGUUAUCGCUCGCAGCGCUCGUAUUUCCAAGGCAGAGCUAGUUACGGGUAUUUAACAAAGACAAAAAAAAAGGGUUUUAUUUCCCAUGAAUAGUGACAGGCUUGCCCGUCCUAAAAUGCAACUCCGAGUUUACGCAGACGGGGUCGGACUGGUUUUUCCCCGGAUCACCUGGUCGUAAGCGGCGCCGCUCUCCCGGUCCCAUCGCCGUGCCCGGAUCGCGCUGCGUGUUAUGAGUGAGGAACAGUCAAACGCGAGAAGGUCGAGGUCCCUCUUCGUGUCGUUUUCGGGGAAAUGUCAGUUAAGGCAGCAUGCAUCCUGAUGGCAGCAGCAGCAGCAGUGGCGGCGGCAGCCCCGACGCGUCUCCACGUCCUGCCCGGCUCCUCCUGCCCGGCGCGGCGCUCGGUCUCGCCGCCGCGGCGCUCGUCCACUCCGCCGGCGGGGGGUUCGUCCUCACCCCGGUGCUGCUCCGGCUCCUCGCCUACCUGUCCUUCGCCCUCCUCUGCGUCUCCAUCGGCACGGUCGGCAUGCUGGUAAAGCAGAGCCGCACCGGGAUCGUCGGGACUGAGCCUCCGAAGGCGAGGAGGACGCAACUGUCGGGGCUGUUUGUUAAGAUCAUGGGCCAUUUUUCUGGGCCGGUGUGUGAGUCCAUGCAGCAGAGAAGGGCAGUCAUAUCGCACAAUGUGGACAAGGCACUCAAAGAAGUGUUCGACUACAGCUACAGAGACUACGUGCUGUCCUGGUACGUGGAGCUGAGCAGGGACGAGGGGCAGCUCUAUCACAUGCUGUCUGAGGACUUCUGGGAGAUCGCCAGGCAGCUCAGGACCCGGCUGGCCGGCAUCGACGUCGUGAGCUUGGUCUGCAACGACACGGUGAAAACCCUGCACGCCCACUUCUGUGACCUCAAAGCCGCCAACACCAGGCAGGAAGAGCCGCCCGGGGCUUUCCGUCUCCACCCGUGUCUGCGCAGCCCGGAGCAGGAGCUGCGGUUCCUGCGCGGCUGCGCGCGGCUGCUCAUGCCCUGCCUCCUGCCCCGCAAGGACGCCCGGGCCCACAGCCUGCGGGUGGCGCUGGCAGAGGUCGUCGCCACGAAAGUGCUGAAGCCGCUGGUGGAGGCGCUCAGUGACCCCGACUACAUCAACCGCACGCUGCUGGCCCAGCUGGAGCACCGCGAGCAGGCCACGGCGCACCACAAGAAGGCCUACACCUACGCCCCCUCCUACGAGGAGUUCAUCAAGCUCAUCAGCAGCAGCUCCGACGUGGACUUCCUCAAGCAGCUGAGGUACCAGAUUGUGGUUGAAAUCAUUCAGGCAACUACGAUCAGCAGCCUUCCACAGCUGAAAAAACAGAAAGACAGCAAAGGCAAGGAGACGGCGGCGAUGAAGGCGGACCUGCUGAGGGCCCGGAACAUGAAGAGGUACAUCAACCAGCUGACCGUGGCCAAGAAGCAGUGUGAGAAGAGGAUUCGGCUGCUGGGAGGCCCAGCUUACGACCAGCCGGACGACGGAGCCUCGGAUGAAAACGAGGAGCCCCAGAGCCAGAGGAUCCUUCAGUUCGAGGAGAUCAUGUCCAGCGCCAAGUACCGCGAGCAUUUCCGCAUUUACAUGGAGAGGGUGGACAAGAGGGCCCUCGUUAGCUUCUGGGAGUCCGUGGAGUACCUGAAGAACGCUAACAAGAACGAAAUCCCUCAGUUGGUGGGCGAGAUCUACCAGAACUUCUUUGUGGAAAGCAGGGAGAUCCCCGUGGAAAAGGCCCUGUACAAAGAGAUCCAGCAGACGCUGAUAGGGAACAAGGGCACGGAGGUCUUCGGCAAGGUCCAGGGCGACGUCUACGAGACCAUGAAGGAGCGGUUCUACCCCUCGUUCCUGGUCAGCGACGUGUACGACAGGCUGAUGAGGAAGGAGGAGGAGCGCAGCAGCUCCCAGUCCAGCAGCGAGGACAAGGACGAGGCGAGCCAGGCUUGUGAAAGCAGUGAGGGGGCUCUGGAUGACGGCAGCACUGGGAUCAAUGAGCAAGCCACCUACACUGCCAGCAAGCUCAGCCAGCUGCACGAGAAGCUGGAGUACAAGAGGCAGGCUCUGGGCUCCAUUCUGAACGCGCCCAAACCCGACAGGAAGAUCGUGUCCAGGCUGAAGGAGGAGAUCGGCACCAUGGAGAGGGAGCACAGCAGCCUGCAGCUCCACCUGAAGCGCACCGACUGGUGGUGUGAGAACCUGGGCAUGUGGCGAGCGCUCAUCCACAGCGGAGAGGCCACGGAGGAGAACGGGGAGCAGAUGCCCGUGUACUCGGUCUCCGUGCACUUGCUCGAAGCCGGGGACUCGGAGAAGAACAGGUGGACAGUUUGUAGGAGACUGAGCGAAUUCCAGAUGUUGCACAGGAAGCUCAGUGAGUGUUUCCCAUCGUUGAAAAAAGUACAGCUGCCUUCUGUCAGCAAGCUGCCGUUUAAAUCCGUAGACCAAAAAUUCCUGGAGAAAUCCAAAAACCAGCUGAAUACCUUCUUACAGAAAACGCUGACGGAUGAGCGGUUGUGUCAGAGCGAGGCCCUGUACGCCUUCCUGAGCCCCUCCCCCGAGCACCUGAAGGCCGUCGACAGUCAGGGCAAGAAGCCCUCCUUCUCCCUGGCCUCCUUCCUGGAGCGGCUGCCUGGGGACUUCUUCUCUCACCAGGAGGAGGAAGCUGAGGAGGACAGCGACCUUUCGGACUACGGGGAGGAGAUGGACGGGAAGAAGGAUUCUCUUGCGGAGCCGUGCUUCAUGCUGAUUGGAGAAAUCUUCGAGCUCCGGGGCAUGUUUAAGUGGGUGAGGAAGACACUAAUUGCACUAGUUCAAGUCACAUUUGGACGAACCAUUAACAAGCAGAUCCGCGACACGGUGAACUGGAUCUUCAGCGAGCAGAUGCUGGUUUAUUACAUCAACGUUUUCCGGGACACCUUCUGGCCAAACGGGAAGCUUGCGCCUCCAACGGCACCCAGGACAGAAUCGCAGCGACAGGAAACGAAGGAAAGAGCGCAGCAGAAGCUGCUGGACAAUAUCCCAGGUAGCUUCUCACUUCGCAGGGCGCCUGUGUGAGAGACGGGGAGCCCAGUUUUUCAUUCAGUCCACUCUGCGGUACUGGCUGGUGUUGCUUAAUUCCCCCGCUGUCUCUGGGUUAAUUAUAACCGAUUUGCUUCCAAUAAGAGACAUUCACACUGGCCA